CUAGCCCCGUUUUUUGAGGCUAGCUUUUUUACCACGCGGGAGUUACGGCUCGGCGAAUCGCUUCAACUCAUCGUCAUUCCGCCGUGAAUUCAACUGCGAUCGCUAUUCGCGACUACGGGUGGAACCUGGAAGUCUGAAACCCCCAGGCUGGGCCCUGGUCAUAAAAUCGUACGCUCGCGACUCAUAACGAUGGACCUCGACGACGGCAUCACCUGCCACGCCGCCGACGACCCCGCGAUAAAGAACGAGCUGCGCCGCGCCUGGAUCGCGGACCGCCUCGACGAACGCCUCGGCGAGUUCGGCCAGACGCACGCCGUCGACGUCGUCUGCGCGACCUGGAACGCCAACGGCAAAGACGUCACGAAGCUAAACCUCGACCUCGAACCCUGGCUCCGUUCCCGGUCCGCGCCGGCCGACGUCUACGCGGUCGGGGCCCAUUGA